AUGUCAUUAGAUUCUUUUAAAAAUUACUUAAAGUUGAAUAAUAUAAUCGCUGAUGAUUUGAAAAGUUUUGUUACUACCAAAGUGUAUUCAAAUCCUUCUUUUGUUUUAAUUGGUUUAAAGAAGGUUUUGAGCUUUUUUAAGGAGUGUGAAACAUACCUUAAUGAAAAAUCAGGAAAUUAUCAGAUAUUAUUAUCUUAUUUUAAUACUGAGAUACCAUGCCAGGAAAUUUUUGAGCUUUGGAUAUAUUUCUAUCAGCAUAAUAAUUUUUCUAUUAUUUCUAUUAUUUUGGAAAUAAUGAUUUCUGUGAUACGGAUUGUUGGAUUAUUAGGCAUUUAUACUUCAGGCAAUAAAAUUAUUAAAAGGAUUUUGAAUUUUCACAUUAAGUCUAUUUAUCGUAGUCUGAAUUCUGAUGUUGAUCUUUUGGUUGUUAGGGGUAUGAAGCUUUUAAUAGAAAUGCUGCAUUUCAAUUCAGGGUCUCUUAUGUUAGAAAUUUUUAAUUCUUUUGAUUUUUCGCAUAAGGUUGUUUUUAAAAUACUUAGGAGCUUUUCUAAGGCUUCAAAUAGUGUUAUUUUUCAAAUUAAUAGACAAUUUUCUACAUUUGAAACACCUAGAAUUUUUAUGAUUAGAUUUAUACUUUGUUUUUUAAGAUUAGGCUCUGUUUCUUUGAAAUCGGAGCUUCUUAGUUAUAAAAAUAUAUUCUAUGAUAUUUUUUCUGGUCUUAUUAGAGAUAAUACAGAUUUUAUACGAGAAGUAUUGGAUAUUAUAACUCGUUAUGUCAUUUUUGAGAAGGGUAUACCUCGUAGUAUAAAAUUACCAUUAUUUAAUGAUUAUGUUUUGAAUAAAUUAGUUAUGUUAUAUUCUGGUGCAGAUGGUGAAGUUUCACGAUCUAUAAUUAUACAUAAUUUUUUGGUCUUUUUAUGUACUAGGCCUGGAAUGGGUGUUUGUUUUGAAUCUAAUGGAUGGUAUCCAAAGUCAGGAACUGAUUUAAAAAAAAAUGAAGAUCCAUUAAUAUAUAAUAAAAUUUUGUCAGUCUUUAUAUUUAAACUUAAGAUAACUCAGGAUGUUCUUCAGCAAGAAUUGUUUUUAAAAAUAUGUCAAGCAUGCCCUGAAUUGAUUGCACAUUGUGCUUCUCAAUUUAGUAUUAACAUUCGUUUUGAUCCUCAUUUAACUGUAUCAUGGUUAAGUAUAUCUUCUAUUUAUCAGUCUAUUAUUCUUUUACCUAUUCCACCUAUGACUAUUUUUGAUAUUUCUCUCGAAUUAGUUCUUAAUAGUAUUUUAGAAAAUAUUCUUCCUCUUGCAUUAACAAAAGUAUCGCUUACUUUAGGGCUGCGGCAUAAUAACGACUUGGUUGUAUUUUUUACUGUGAAUUUAGUUUUAUCUUCAAUAAAUAAAUAUUCUCUGAUAAUAGCUAUGUUGGAUAAAAAUAAUUUAGAUGUAUUUAUUUUUGAACGGAAAAGACUUCGGCAAUUAUUAAAGGAAAUGUUUUUGGAACGUUUACCUGAUAUUCAUAUUGUUUUCUUUCUAUUUAAAACUAUUUGGGAAAAAUCCAAUAGUCUUUUAAAAUUUUCUAUAGUAAAACUCUUUUCGUAUUAUAUAGAAUUUUUUCCUGAAAUUGUUUUUCUUCAAAAACAUAAUUAUUCUUCUAUUUUAAUAAAAGGGUUUUCUGGGAUGUCAAAAAAUGUUUAUAGUUCUCUUAUUUUUUAUUAUUUGUUUCGUAUAUUUCAUAAAUUUCUUCCAAUUUUGGACUGGUGGAAUAAAAAACAAGAAUAUUUAGAUUCUAUUUUUACUACUUUGGUUAAAUUUUAUCUUUUUUGUGAAAAUGAGGAGUUUAAAAAAGAAUAUAAGGAUCUUAUAUCAUGCUUGUUAGUAUCAUCUAACGCGUUUUCCUCUGUGUCGUUUAUGGAUUCUGGUGAAUUGAUAUUAAAAUCUUUAGAUGAUGUGAAAUGUUUUUCUAAUGAUGUCGAUAUUGUAGUUGAUUUUCUAGGAAAUAGUUUAAUGCAUUUUAUGAAUUCUCCUCAUAAAUAUAUGGAUGAUUUUAUUGCUUUUAUCUUUGAUUAUAAAUUAGAAAUUAAUCAAAGAUUUCCUGGUUUAAUAAUAAUUGUAUUACUGGAACAAUGGGGUUAUUUUUUUUUCCAUUCCAUGUCUUCUAAUGAUGAUAAAAUUUUAAUUGCAUCAUGGUUAUCAAGAAUUAUUGGAUUUUUUGCUUUAAAUGAAGAUAUUUGGGAAAUUUCAAAAAAAAUAUGUUUUAGAUUAGUAAAUUUAACGCAAAAAUAUUCUAUUGAAAUUGCUCAAAUAUUUAAUAGAACAAAAAUGUAUAUCGGAUUUUUAGAUGAUCUAUUAUUUUUAGAUAAAAUUUUUUUUGAAAAUCCUGUUUUUUUUUUAACUAUUAAAGGAUGUCAAAAUAUUUCUUUUACAAAUUAUAGAUAUUCAUGUGAUUUAUUAAAUGAUAGCUUCGUUUUAAUUGACUUUAUUUUGCAUGGCGAAAUAUUGCAAUUAUCUAUGUAUUUUGAUGAUAUAUUGUAUUAUAUUCAAUCCAGAUAUAUUCGUGUUUCUUUACUGGAUGUUAUUGCAUUAAAAAAGGUGAUAUAUCUUCUUUUAAGGGAUGAUAAAAAAGCUACAUGUGAAUUUAAUGAUAUUCUUUUAAAAUAUUUUAAGAUAAUUAAAAGCAUUGGUAAUGUUUUGAAAGAUACUAAAGACUUUGAGAAAUUUAGAAAAAUUAUAAUUGAAGGAAGUAAUUGGAAAGAUAAUUAUUUAAAUUUUAAAUGCAAAAUUAAUUCUUUUAAAAUCAAAACUUUUUCAAAAGAAUUUGUACAUCUUAUUGUAGAAUUUAUAGAUCCGUUAAGUUCAUAUUUAUUACUGGAAAUUAUAGAUAAAACAUAUGCAGGUUUUAUAAGUGUAUUAACUGAUAAAUUGAUAAGAGCUAUCUCUUUAUCUUCUAAUGAAUGGAAUGAAGUUUUAUUAUUAUUAAAACCAUAUUGGCCAGAAAAUCAGUUUUCUGUUAUAUCUGUGGAAAUUUUGGAAAAGUAUAUACAAGAAAUAUAUGUUUUUGGGUCUGUAGAUUCUGAUGUUUUUGGUUUUUUUGAGCUUAUUUUUAAUUAUUUUUUUACAAUAAAUUUUAUUGAGAUUGUUGAAUUCUCUGAUCUUAUUUCAAUUUUUAAUAUGGGAUUAAGAAAUGGUUAUUAUUUAAAUAUUAUACUUAAACUUUUAACUUCCAGAGUUUCUUCUUUGGCUAAUAAUGUCGCUUAUGAUUUUUGUGCAUUUAUAGAUAACGGUUUUUUUUUAACACUUCAAAAUAUAAAUGAUGUUUUUUCAUUGGAUUUAAUUAACAAAUUGUGUGCUAAAUCUAUUGUUUUUUUUGAGAUGAUGUGCGGAAAUUUAUGCGAAAUAGUAGAAAAAUGUAAAAACACUUUCAAUUUGCCGUCUUUUUUUUUGACUAAUUUAUUAUGUAUUAUUGAUGCAUAUGUUUUAUGGAAAAAUCACAUAUUAGAAAAUAAAAAUUAUGCUAUGAUAAAGAUGUUAGAGAGUCGUCUUAUUUAUUUGUUGCAAUAUGUUGAGGAUGAUUUACUAAAGGGAUUUUUUAAUGAAAAUGAUGAAGGUGUUCUGUUAUUUCAGAUUUUGUUUAAAAGUAUAAAAAUAAAUUUGUUUGAAGAUGGGAAAAAGAUUCUCAAUAAAUUUUGUACAAGAUGUGAUAAGAUGAUUUUAAAUAGACGAUUUGUUCAAGUAAUUGAAUUAAUGACGUAUAUAUAUGGAAAUGAACUUAUUGACAACUAUAUCAAAAUAUGGUUUAUUAAUGUUACAAAGUUAUUAAUAGAAUGUUUUUCAGAAGAGAGGCUUUCUAGCAGUUUUAUUGAUUUUUUAGAAUCUUUUAUUGAUUAUCUUACUUUUUCGAAAAAACGAUUGUCGAAUUAUGUUUUAGAAAAUUUUUAUCUUUUAAUAGAAAUUGGACUUAAGAACCAUAUACUAGUAUAUAAUGUGGUUAGAUUUAUUUCUGUUAUUGUUAAAGGGUUUAAUAUGGAUGAUUCUACAUUAUUUGUAUUAUUGAUUUUGUCCAGAAGCGAUGACUGGAAAGAUAUUAAUAAUAACGUUUCUAUUUCCUUUGAACAUAGAUUAAUAAUUGUUCAGUUACUUCAUUAUUUUACUUGUAAUUCUUCUAAUUUUGCAUCUUUAUCUAUAGUCGAAAAUAUUUGUAGUAUUUAUACUGGCACUACUCAUAUUAUUGAUCGAGUUUUAUUGUAUAUUUUGCAAAAGAAUGAGGAGUCUUUUCGACAUAAUUUUUUUAAUAAAAAAAUUGUUUUUAAUGUUGAAUCUAAUAUAAAAAAAAAUUUACCACUUAAGUUUUUUUAUUCUGAGGCUGAUCUUACUAUCACUUUGUCUUCUGAAUUACUUACCAGGAGUAUAUAUUUUUUUCCUCUUGAAGAAUUGUCUUUAGAUUUUUUCGAAAUGUCUAAGGAUAAAGUAAUCUUAUAUUGUAAUAAGGUUGAAAUUGUAUACGAUCCUUUAUUUUUUCUUCCUCUUAUUAUGGCAUAUAUCAAUUUGGAAGAGCAACUCUCGUUUAUGUUUUUAAUUGAUUCCGGUAUAUUAGGAUAUAUUUUAAUAUCUUUAUCUUCAUAUGAUAUGAAAGUGAGGAAAAUGUCAUUAGCAGUUCUUUCUGUGUUGAAAAAUAGUAUUUCCACUAUUCAUUUUUCCGAGAAAUCCCAAAUUUUGAUGUUUUUUCAGGUAUUGAAGUCAUCUAUAAGUAUUUCUAGUAUAGAGUUGGGACCUAUUUCUUAUGUUGUUUCUCUUUUUAUGGCAUUAUCUAUACAGAUAAUAACUAAUCCGUCUCAUUUCUUAUUUGAUGAAGUUUGUCGUUUUUAUUUACAAAGACCAAAACUUGAUUUUCAAGAUGUUCCCAUGUUUUAUAUUUUUUGGAGUGGAUCUUGUAAUUAUUAUAAACAAAGUAAUUGGUUAAUAUCGUUUUUGAAUUUUGGUUUACGAACAUUAAUGGAUUAUAAGAUAUACAAAAAAAGGCAUAUUUUUGAAUUACUUUGUUGUUUAUUUUCAUCUGAAUUGGCUACUAGUGAGAUUCGGUUUAGAAUUAUUAAUCUUUUUUCCUCUGCGUUAGAUAUAUACCAAGUUAAUCUGUCUUUGGUACGUGAUUAUGGAAUAGUUUCUUGGGUUGAGCAACAGAUCGUUAUUUGCAAUGAUAAAACUCUGAAAUCGAUGCUAAUGCGAUUAUUUUUACGUUUGCAUAAUUUAAAUUUGAAAACUGUAUAUAAAUAUAAAAAAAUGUAA